GCGAGGUGCGUGUAACCGAGAGCUAAAAUUGGUUUCGUGAUGAGGAAAGGUGAAGGAGCACAGCGUUGCGAUCUGUUGUCUUGUCUUCUUUGGAACAAUCACAGAACUCUUUCUUUCCUUAUCUACAACCGAGGGAUACCAAUCCGAACUCAUUUUGCGUCAUGCAAUUCAAUAAUUAGACGUUUUUUCUCAAAAGGAGACAUGGUCGAUUGAACAUUAAUACGACAUCCAGCAAAAAACUUAAGAUUUUAAUCACAUUUAGCCCAAUAUUUUUUCCUAAUAGAAAUGGAUUCGCUCAUCACUUCCACUGACUUCCAAAGUAACUGGACAACCAACUCCACUGCACAGAAUGAAACCGAGAUAUACUGGAACCAGUUUGUGCAACCGGUUUGGAGAAUAGUGCUUUGGGCAGUGGCUUACAGCACAAUUGUCAUCGUCUCCGUGGUGGGCAAUAUCACGGUGAUAUGGAUCAUUUUGGCGCACAAACGCAUGAGAACCGUGACGAACUAUUUUCUCGUGAACUUGGCAUUCGCUGAAGCUUCAAUGUCCGCAUUCAACACCGUUAUAAACUUUGUCUACUCCGUGCACAAUGAAUGGUAUUUCGGACUCUAUUAUUGCCGAUUCCACAACUUCUUCCCCAUAGCCGCCGUCUUUGCUUCUAUAUAUUCAAUGACCGCGAUUGCACUCGACAGAUAUAUGGCCAUCAUUCAUCCCCUGCAGCAGAGGAUGUCUGCAACUCAGACGAAGGUGGUCAUCGGGGUCAUCUGGGUGCUGGCUCUUCUGCUGGCCUUCCCCCAAUACUACUACUCCGACACAGACCAGCUGCCUGGCAGGGUGGUAUGCUACAUCGAUUGGCCUGAGUACACUGUUCUCGACUUCAAAACGAUGUAAACAUCUAAUUAUUAAACUAAUCUGCAUGCUUAUUGCCCCAUGCCACCAUUUGCUGAUAUUAGAAAAUGUUUCGGUUGAAUACUUGCUUCAGAAAUGUAUUUAAAUAUAGAUUUAUAGUUGUAGGUGCAGAAAAUUCCUUUUCCAGAUCAAAUCUCACCAACCUUUCUGGAUAUUGCUGGAAACAUAACCUUUAUUCCUCUCUAAUUUUGGAGUAAUCAAAAAUCAGCGCUGCUUUUUCCCUACAUGUUUGCUUAUAUAACAACAGAGAGGAGCUUCAUUACAAAGAAAACAGUAAGCACAGGAAAGUCAUGGUCCUUAGAGACAGAAGACAAGAGUUCAAGACUAUUAAAGGAGACAUUAUUGGAAAUCUCGCCCAAGGGUAAAUACAAGCUCUUUACUAGAGCAGACGCUAAUGAUUAUUACUCCUCCGUACUCUGGUUAUAUGCUCUCAAAAAGUUGGCUUGUAUGCAGAUCGUCUUUAAUCUGAAGUGCUGAGGUCUAGUGUCAAGUGCUGUGAAAAUGGUGCACAAAGACAUCGAACAUCGAGCCCAUGAGAAGCCGAGAUCAUUCUGCAAAGAGUUUUCAUGGGCGGUACUUUGUUUUGAAACACGGUGAGGACAGCUGUGGGGGAGGGGUGCACAGAUGUGCCAGUUGUGAUGUCACAAAACCGCUUAACUCGUGAAAUCCGAUUAGGCACAAAUAACUUGGCCAAACAGUGGACUGUUUCCAUUAAUAGUCUAUGUGAUGCACUCAUCCAGAUAUCAGGUAUCUAUUGCGUGGCAUUUGCUCAUUUGCAAGUUGAAACACAAAUGUAAAUCUUUAAAAUUGGAAAUGUCCAAAAACUGUUUUGACUUAUUAGCGAAAUAGCAACAUGUGUCUGAGGACUGUGUGCUGGAGAGAGCAUUGCUGCCGUCGCUUAUUAAUAAACAACUACAGUGAGCACUCAGCAAAAACAAUAACAAAUUCCAGUGCUGUAAUAUUACACAUUAACACACUUGAACACACUAAACCUU